AGUGCCAUUCCUUAAUGGAAUGAUUAUUUCUUGGAUUGGUUCGUGGAAGGGAAUAUUUUAACGUCAUUCAUCUGUCGGUCAAAUUAAAUUACGAAUUAACUUUCAUAAAAAUCAUUUACUAGAAACAGGUGAAAAUAUAGGUAUUAAUUAAUCAAAUGCUCAGUAGCAAUAAUUACCUUAUUAAUAAAAUUCAAUACAAGAUUUUGUUUUUUGUUAAGUUGAUCAUAAAAUUUUAAUUAUGACAUUUAUACCUAACUGGGAAGAAUUUGAAAAGUCUGCAGAAAUGUUGUACUUACGGGAUCCGCUCAAUACUCGCUACAGUACUAAAUACUCGCAUUCAAAAGGAGUAUUUUUGGUUAAAAUUACAGACAAUAAAAAGUGUUUGCAAUAUAAAACAGAAGUGCAGCAAGAUGUGCGGAAAAUUGAUAAAUUUAUAACAAACCUGAUGAGGCAUAUGGCUUCUGAUGAAUAGAUUAAGUAAAAUAAAAUUAUUUUAUAA